UCACGUGUCGGGGUGGGGGCUAUAAAAUCCCGGAGCCGGGGCGUCGGGCGGGGGACGUGAGGACCAGCCCUCUCCAGGGACCCCUUUGUUCGCAGUCCAGGCGCCGACACCUCGGCGUCCCCAAGGGCUUGACCGCCUGCGUCCGCGCCGCGCCCGGGGCCAGAGCUCUGGACAGGAGAGGGGAGGGGGCCCCCACGACCGGCCGGGCCCUCCAGCCACCCACCCCUCCCGACAUGUCGCGCUCCUUCUAUGUCGACUCGCUCAUCAUCAAGGACUCCUCACGGCCCGCGCCCUCGCUUCCCGAGCCGCACCCCGGGCCAGAUUUUUUCAUCCCGCUGGGCAUGCCGUCCCCGUUGGUGAUGUCCAUGUCCGGGCAGGGCUGCGCGUCCCGCAAGAGCGGCGCGUUUUGCGUUUGCCCGCUCUGCGUCACUUCGCACCUGCACUCCUCUCGUGGGCCCGCGAGCUCCGGCGGCGGGAACGCAGGGGCCGGGAGUGCAGGGGCCGCGGGUGGCGGAGCGGCAGGAGCCGCCGGGGCCCUGCCCCUGCUCAAGAGUCAGUUUUCUUCGGGUCCCGGGGACGCACAGUUUUGCCCGCGCGUGAGCCACGCGCACCAUCACCACCACCCGCCGCAGCACCACCAUCACCACCACCAGCCCCAGCAGCCCGGCUCAGCUGCAGCAGCAGCAGCGGCCGCGGCGGCAGCGGCGGCGGCCGCGGCGGCCUUGGGGCACCCGCAGCACCACGCACCUGUCUGCACCGCCACCACCUACAACGUGGCGGACCCGCGGAGAUUUCACUGCCUCACCAUGGGGGGCUCGGACACCAGCCAGGUACCCAAUGGCAAGAGGAUGAGGACGGCGUUCACCAGCACGCAGCUCCUAGAGCUGGAGCGGGAAUUCUCUUCCAACAUGUACCUGUCUCGACUCCGGAGGAUCGAAAUCGCCACGUACCUGAAUCUGUCAGAGAAGCAGGUGAAAAUCUGGUUUCAGAACCGCAGGGUGAAGCAUAAGAAGGAAGGGAAGGGCACGCAAAGGAACAGUCACGCGGGCUGCAAGUGCGUUGGCAGCCAGGCGCACUUCGCGCGCUCCGAGGAUGAGGACUCCUUGUCGCCGGCCUCGGCCAACGAUGACAAGGAGAUUUCCCCCUUAUGAGGGAGGGCCGCCCCCACACACACCACGCGCUCCCGGCAUCUCCCCUAACUCCCGAGGUGGCUGGCACCCAGGGGCCAAAAUCCUCACCCUUUCGGUGGUCCCACCUGGAGAAGCUGGAGAGGAGCAUUCCCCGGGGAUGUGCAUACCGGGUCUGACCCUUCUCCUGUCUCCUUGAUCUGUCUGUUUGGGCUCCUCUCGCAGUUAUAGGUCGUCGUUGUUGUUUUUUAUGUAAAUAAUCUAGAUUCAACUCAGUUUUGUUAUAUAACAAAGGAAAAACAGGAUUGGUUUAAGUUUAAAACUGUAUGUGGGUUUUUUUAAAGCGCAUGUCAUUUCCCUUUCCCUGUCUUUCAGAACCAGAUAAGAACAUGGGGUUUCUUGAUUAUUUUUUUAAAUGAAGGUAUUGAGUUACAAAUAACUUAGAAAAAUUAAACCCUGUAGGUCUUGCUUUCUGAAAAUUUGCCUGAGAAGAGUCUCAAAUCCAAGUCACUGAAGUCUCUUUGUGAAUAGUUUUAUAUAAAAUUUAUAUUUAUAUUUAUUUAAAUAAAUGAGACAAAAA